AAGGUGCGCACGCUCCAGGAAAUGCGCUCCAGAAACGGUCCGGCGGCAUUCGCGCCGUCGUGUGUAGCAGCAACACACACUACGUGUACCUUAACGCGCGCCGUAAAGCUGCAGGUUUGCGUGCCGUAGGAAACUAAAGAUAAAGUCCGAGCUCCGGCGACGAUGUCCGCGCCGUCGUCGUGGAGAUGACCGCGCGAGUCCGGCGUGUCGCGUCCAGUGUGACGAAAGAUGUGACUGCUCGGGCAAAUCAGGUGUCAUCGCGGCGACGCUGCGCGUCCUUCCUACCUUCACUUCCUUCCUUCCUUCCUUCCUACUCUCGCCAGUCGGAGCGCGCGAAGGGGCGACCGGCGAGAUCGAGACCGCGUGAACGAGCGCCGCCGGACGAGCGCGAUGGCGGUCGCGGCGAACUCCUUCGACGCCUGGCUCAGCACGAAGCUGCAGGCGCUCAACACGGACGAGGGUGUCUUCGGCACGUACAUCAAGGGCAUCCUCAAGAGCGACGAGUCCGAGGACGAGAAGACCGAGGCGCUCGAGAGCAUACUCAAUGGCAUAACGGAUAAUAUCGGCAAACAUGUAGCAGAAAUCCUGAGCGCGUGGGCAGAGUGGUUGCCAGCCGAGGAAGUGGCCGUGGCGCCCGCACCGACGGAAGACGUCGACGUCAGGCUGGCGAAGAUGCUGGAGUCACAGAGUCUGCCCACGACGACGCAGAAGAGCUACACGGAGGAGGAUAGACGAAUACGGGAGGCUGUACUAGCGAAAUACAGUCAAAUGUCUGACGAAGAAAAUAGCGAGGGAGACGGGGAGGAGAAUGGAGCGAGCGGUGGAGAUUGCGGAAUCGAAAAGAACCUGAACGCAGCUACUAUUGUACAGCAGGAAAGAGAGAAAAGGGAAAAGGCCAAGCUGGAGAGCCAGAAGAAGAAGGAAAAGGAUAAAGAAGACAGAGAGAAGCAGAAGCAGCUAAAGGAAGAGAAAAAGGAGAAGAGAAAAACCCAGAAGGGAGAGAGGCGGAGGUAGCAUCGAAACAAAAGCGUUGGGAAACUUGCUUUGAGAUUAUCGACUACAUAUAUGCUGUGGUAUUCAUAUAUGUCUAUCUAAAUAUUGUCGUGCAUGCAACGAUCUCCGACAGUUAUUUAAAUCGUUAUUUAAGUCAUCGAUCUUAUAUUUUUCAUUAGAGGAAUAUGUGUGUAGCAAUCCAUCUGUCUGUUAGAAGAUGAAUUCACAGAUUCAGUCGCGAAUCGCAUAUAUCGCCAAGAAGUCAGUACAUACAUAUAAUGUUGGAUCAUCCUGUGCCUUCUGUCUCUAUCUCUCUCUCUCUCUCUCAAAACAAUUGUCCUUUCCUCCAAAAAGGUUCGUUACUUACCUCAUCCUCUUUUCGUCUCUGAUCCACUUCUAGCGUUUUAACUUCGUAGUCUGUAUUCAGAGCUCGCAUCUGGUUCUCACUAAUUAAAAUUAACGGCGAUAUAACUCAUCGUUUCAAUAAGCAAUGGUUCUGAAUACCGACCUUUUUAACUCAUCGGUCUGCUUAGCGCGUUAUACAUCUCAUACAUAUGAUGUAUUUAAUACGAGUAUGUUACAAAUAAACUAUUUAAAUCACUA